UCAAAAUGGAAGACAUAGCAUCUGACCACAACUUGUCAUCAAAAAAACGCAAACAUAAUGAAAAUACGUAUAGCCAAUACACACUUAUCUUUAAUUAUAGAAAAAUAUACUUUUGUUUUCUACUAUACAUUAACAAUAUGCAUACUAAAUCAUCUCAUGCAUUGUUUUGAAGCUCACAAAUAGCCUGUCACCAAAGCAACCCCCCUGACAAUGCGACCAACUCAAACAACAACCAAGAACAUAAAAGGUCAAAGUUGGAAAGCCCUCCUGCAUCAAGUAUAAUUGAAAUAUGUACAACGCAAUCUGCCAUUGCUUUUGAAGGUGAUGUACUAGUCGCAUAUGGCCCUGCUAUCAAACAGACCUCAACAAAUGAACCAAAAGCACCAAUUGCACAUGUUGAUCUCAUUGACAGCCAUGGACAAAUGACUAUAACAGUAAACAUCAACAAUAAGUUAAUAGACACCUUUUGGCCCCAAUUAUUGCCUGGUGCAAGUGUGCGCUUAACAAAAUUCACAGUGAAGAAAAAAUCACAAUAUGAGAGAGGAGAUGUUGAUUACUGUAUCCAGCUAACCGCUAAAACAACAAUUGAAAGUAUUGAUAAAGUAUGCAAGCAACAAAAGCUAACACCUGAUACAACCAUUUCGCAAUUAAUCCACUCACCAAACAACUAUUCAAUUGGAACACUGGUCGUCCUUGUAGCAUCUCAAAAUCAAGAACCAAACGGAUUUCAACUACAAGUCAAAGAUGGAGAAUUGCCAUCUGAUACAGCUACUCUAACAGUUCCAAAAGUCCAUACCAAUUCCUAUGCCACCUUGGAAAGGCUCCUGACUUUAGCAAGACCACCACUUCUUCUCCUAAAAAAUGUUGUCCGCGGCAGCACAAGAGGAGCAAGUGACAUUAGAUCAAGUCUAUCCACCUACAUUGAUGAAUUGAAUGACGAAUACACCAAAGGUUUUUUGCAAACACUUGCUUCCUCCAAUUUGCAGGUUGCUGGAACAUUGAAAACAAAAAACGUGUACCUACCACCGUACCAGCCACUUUGCAACUUGUGCCACAGCAUAGUUUCUGUAGCUCACUUGUCAGCCAACAACACUGCUCACUGCACCACAUGCACAUCAACCACGACUUUUGCAUACCAACACUACUUGCAAUGCACAAUUGAAACUGAAGAUGGAACUAUUAACUGCAACUUACACACCAAACUCUUGCAACAAAACUUUCCUGAGCUCACAAAAAUAACAUUUGAAAAUUAUAAGCAAAACAUAUCUGCAGCUAUCUACCUCAUGCGCAAGUUCAAGAUACGAGGAACAUUCACAAUUGCCAUGAACAAUUCCAUCAUUGUCAUUGCACAAGAAGCGAGCAAUAGUGUAUAAAAGCACCAUGCCAUUUUCAAGAAGAUUUUGCUUCACUUCACACUACUCCUCAAGGUUCCCAAAUGAGAAAUUAAAAACAAUCAAAAGCUCCAAAGCAACACUUAUUUUUUUUUGUAAAUAACUAGUUAAUUAUCUUUCGCUACAAACAUUCAAUAAUAUGCUUAGUUUUUGUAAAUAUAAAUCUUAUGCACUCUCUACUUGUAUAAUAGUUUUGAAGACAAGUUCUUACAA